CGAAACGAUCUUGCAUUGGUUUGCUUGCACUCGCAACAUAAACAUUAUAUUUCGAGAAAAAAAAAACAGAAAAGAUAAACGACCCAAGAAAAAAGUUCCUUUUUUUGUUCGUUCGCUCAGCAGACAUAAAUAAAAAAGAAGUUUUAAUUUUUUCUGUUUUAAUAAAAAGAAGAAACGCUAGAAUUUGUUGUAAUAAAAUUUGCUAAACAGGCGCAAAAUCAAUUUUCAUUUUAAAAAUAUUUCUAAAAAAAAAACAAAGUGUUAAAUUAAACCGGCACCGUUACACCGAGAAUAUUUAAAAUCAACACAAAACAACCGAAGUUAGUGAUCUAGAAAGCAUUUUUAGACACAAAUUCAACGCGCACAAUCGCAUUUUAAAAAUCGCGAGAGUAUCAACGCAGUGACCAAUUUAACUCGAGGAAACCCAUAGUGAUUUCGUUAAUUCGAAGAAGUGAUUUACUUUGAAUUCAUCGAUUAAAUCGAGAUCAUUCUUAUACAAAUUUUCUUUGUCCGUUAACACAAAAGAGCAAAUAGAAACUACCAAAAUGAUGGCCGUUGCAGCAGCUCAGAAAAACCGCGAAAUGUUCGCUAUCAAAAAAUCAUACAGCAUCGAGAAUGGAUAUCCAUCGAGACGUCGUUCACUUGUCGAUGAUGCUCGUUUUGAAACAAUCAUGGUCAAGCAAACCAAAGAAUCUGUGCUUGAAGAGGCUCGCGAAAAGGCUAAUGACUUGAACACAAGCAGUGUCACUCAAGCCAAUACUCAAGAGCAAUUCAAAUACGAUGAAGAUGCUCAGAACGAAAUACCUGAAGUGUUCAAUGAUGAAACUGAAGAAAAUGCCGAUAUCCCAUUGAAUAAUGAAACUUACGCUAAUGAUGUCGAUGAAGUUGAUGGCCCAAAUGAUGCUGGACUCACCGAAGAAGAAGUUGUGAUUGCAAAUGCCGCAUCUGAAUCGCCAGAGGCCGAGAAAGCCGUACAACGUGCCGCAAUUGUGGUUCGUCUUCGCGAAGGUAUGGGCUCAUUAGGCCGCAUUUUAAAAGCCAUCGAAACCUACCAUGGAACAAUUGUUCAUUUGGAAUCGCGACCAUCACAUGAAGAAGGCGUUCAAUAUGAUGUACUCGUCAAGGUUGAUAUGUCACGAACCAAUUUGUUGCAAUUGAUUCGUUCAUUGCGUCAAACCAAUUCAUUCGGUGGCGUUAAUUUGGUCGCUGAAAAUUCAAUCAAUGUUAAAGCACCAUGGUUCCCAAAGCAUGCAUCCGAAUUGGACAAUUGCAACCAUUUGAUGACCAAAUACGAGCCUGAAUUGGACAUGAGCCAUCCUGGCUUCGCUGACAAAGUCUAUCGUCAACGACGCAAAGAAAUUGCUGAAAUUGCAUUUGCAUUCAAAUAUGGUGAUGCAAUUCCUCUUAUUGAUUACACUGAAACUGAAAACCAAACCUGGCGCGCCGUAUUCCGUACCGUAUUGGAUUUGAUGCCAAAGCAUGCAUGUGGUGAAUACCGUGCUGUGUUCGCCAAACUUCAAGCCGAAAACAUUUUCGUUGAGGAUCGCAUUCCACAAUUGGAGGAAAUGAGCAAUUUCUUGCGUAAAAGCACCGGAUUCACAUUGCGUCCAGCAGCUGGUCUUCUAACCGCUCGUGACUUCUUGGCAUCGUUGGCAUUCCGCAUUUUCCAAAGCACACAAUAUGUUCGUCAUGUCAACUCACCAUAUCAUACACCAGAACCCGAUUGUAUUCAUGAACUUUUGGGCCAUAUGCCAUUAUUGGCUGAUCCAAGUUUCGCACAAUUCUCGCAAGAAAUCGGCUUGGCAUCGCUUGGAGCUUCAGAUGAAGAAAUCGAAAAAUUGUCAACGGUCUACUGGUUCACCGUUGAGUUCGGUCUCUGCAAAGAAACUGGCAGCACUGAUGUCAAAGCCUAUGGUGCUGGUUUGUUGUCGUCAUAUGGGGAAUUAUUGCAUGCAUUGAGUGGCAAGCCUGAAUUGCGCGCAUUCGAACCGGCCAGCACAGCCGUUCAACCCUAUCAAGAUCAAGAAUACCAACCAAUCUACUAUGUGGCAGAGAGCUUCGAAGAUGCCAAAGAGAAAUUCCGUCGCUGGGUAUCAAGCAUGUCACGACCAUUCGAAGUUCGUUUCAAUCCACACACAGAACGCGUCGAAAUCUUGGAUUCGGUCGACAAACUUGAAACACUUGUUUCACAAAUGAACACAGAACUGUUACAUUUAACCAAUGCUAUUGGUAAGCUCAAACAUCCCGGCUGUUAAAUGAUCCCUCCCCCCCCUGUUAAAACGAAUCACACAUACACUUUUCUUUCAUAUGUUUCAAAACACACAUACACGCCAUUCACAAUGGUACGUAUACAUCCAGAUAACAGAAUAAAAAAAACUAGUAGAACAUUUUCUAUCAAAAAGAGUUGUGAGAAAGCUAAAAGAAGCAAACAAUCAUUCUGAAAUCAUUUUGCAAGAGGGAAGUGAGUAAACACAAUAACAAAACAAAUGCAAGGCAAUGAAUCAAAUGAGCAAGGCAAAUGAUUAAACAUUUGAACAAUAAAUAAUACAGGCAUAAUUUUUUUUCUGAUGUAGAUGUAUGUUAGUUAAAAUAAGGAGAUAUAAAAAAAAGCUUAAAAAAAUGUGAAUAAAAAAAAUGUAUACUAUAUAAUCUCUUUCCAGUGGUUCCAUUAUGGAUGUUUUAUCUAGUGUUCGAAUUUAAACAUCAGUUAGUUACUGUUUAUUAAAUCACUGCAACCACUUAAUUCCGUAAAAUCACAAUGUUUUCUUUUCUUGCAACUUUCCUCUCUAUUUUUUUAAAUCACAAUAUUAGUUUGUCCGUUUUCCAAUUUGUUUUUUCAAUGACUUUACAAAUCAAUUGCUGUGUUCAUUCAAAAUAGUUAACAAACCUUUCAAAAUAACUCCAUAUGGUCAAGACCCAGCGUAACAUAUCCACUCCUCCUAAUUUAUUUUCAUUACACGUAAAAUAUUGCAUUAUUAUUUAUACUUUUCGUAUUUUUAUUUUAUAUGAUUUUUACGCAUAUUUUGUUCAACCCCAAAAAUGAACCUUCUUUUUAGAUCUUAUUUUACCUGUGUGUUUCACCUUUCUCUUUUUAUUAACUCUAAUUAAUUUAUUGUAAAUAAAUAUUUUGUCGGUAUUUUUAGCGACUAAGGCAAAAACUGCGAAGAAAAUAAAACGAAAAAAAAAUGAAGUAGAGAACAUUUGAUAUGAGGAUCAAUGGCAUUGAAAAUUUUAACAGUUAAACAUGAUGAAAACUGUGUAUUCGGCAAAUGCAAGUAAAACAGUGAAACAGAAAAUUUAUGCAAAUCAAUGUGUUAAAAAAAAAUCGGUUAGUUCUUCAGUGUAUCUCAUUAUUAAGUUUUACAGAAAGUUAUUGUGUAUUAUGUAUUUCUAUGUUUUCACUUCACUUCAGUAUAAAGCAAUAAAUGUGAAAAUUAAAAACAAAA